AUGUUGGAUGGCGGCUCGGCAUUCGUCGCCACCGGAGCACGUCGAUUUCUUUGGGGAAAUUUACCAGCGCUGGAUAUCCUGAAGUUGGAAGCCAAUGAAGGCAAAGACGAUCAACGGCCUCAUCACCUCGAUUUAGAUAUCAACCUCUUGUUUGCCGCCUCCGGAGACUGUCGAAACGCCAUCAAGACCAUCGUCGGACUUCCUAACGAAUACGCAGGUCAAUGCACGGCAGUGUUGAACGAUGCGGAUUUCGCAGUGGUGGCGCGCAACAUCAUGAUGCUCCUUUCGGCACUCCACUUUGACCCAGCCGCCAGCACUCCUAUUAUACUGCAUCUUUGGUACUCUGCUCUCCUACCAGAACGUAUGCUAACCAUCCUGCAGAAGGAAAUCCUACCCUACAUUGAGAAUGUUUGCGCCGAGAUUCAGGAUAGAUCGAGCAGAUCGUUCCAUGUCCAAACCUUCAAGUUCGUAACGAGCUCCGUGCGGUUAUGCCUUCGAAAGGAACAAUGGGUUCAGCUUAUUUCCUUUUUCAAAGUGCCAGCCGGUCUCGACAAGGACGUGGUCACAACGACUCGGCAAAAGGUCACUCUUGAUGACAAGAAAAUCGACGAGCUCGAUCUUGAUAUGUUCAGAUGGCCGCCCGACCGACGAAUGGGAAACUGGAAGUUCAGGUCUGACGGCGUACUCCUACCUUUCGGAUGCUCCAGGGAGGAGUUUGACACACCUAACCCGACGUUCUUUCAAGAUCGGGGUGAGUGGCCCAUGAAUCACUCAGCUGACCCACUCAAUGGAUGGCUUCAUACCGACUACAUGAAAAAGUCGCGUAUAGCUGAGGCUGAUGUGUACGGAGGACUGUUCUUCUUCCUCCGCGACCUGCUUCUGGACUUCUGCAACCGUCUUCAGAACACGAGAAUCGAGUUCCAGUUCUACAGCAUGGAUGCAGCAGAUCUGCCCACGUAUCUGCGUCCAGAGGGACUAGCAUUCGAUCGUAUCGAGAUCGACAACAUCUGCGACCGAAACUACGUCGGCCCCGCCACCACACUAUCGAAAUUCAUCCCUCUCCUCCAACCAAAAUCACGCAACCCCUAUGCCGCCCUAAUAAUGCUCUUCCUAAACGCAACAGCCGAGAAGGGAAUGGAACGCGGAUCCGCCUACCAGACGGCAGAAACCCCUAAAAGGCGGGAGCGCGCGAGAAAAUUCAUCGGCGGCGGUACCAUCGCAUUUACGCUGCGCGACCCCAAGAAGCUCCGCGAGUACUACAUCUUGCGAUCUCUUGGCGACUUCGACGAGCUGUUCGACAGCUACUCGAGAGAUGUGCGGUUGGAUGCGCAUGCGAAGGAGAACGGGGCGGUGAUGAGGUCGGACCACAGAAUUGUGGGGAAGUGGCCUUACAGGAUCACACAGGAUACCUCGGUAGAGGAUUUUGAAAUUAUAUCUAGGUUGAGCGUUCGCGGGUGGGAGCGUUAUGUGGAGUUUGAGAGAGAGGCUGAAAAGGAGCUAGUUGGGGACCGGCCCAGUUAUAGGCGGGAGGAACGGUGA